CUGAAGGGGAGGGAGGGAGCUGUGUGUACACACAUACUCGCUCCCUCCCUCCCCGACUUAGCCUGAGCCUCACCCAGGAGAGGAGCGUCUUCUCUCUGCUCUUGGAGCUGCCUCUGUUACUUCCCCGCCCAUCUGUGCUGUUAGCAGCACCAGCAAAGUUGGCCUCCAACUUGAACAGAGCCCAGGGCUCCAGCUUCCCGAAGCUCCUCGGGGGCAUCAGACAGGCCUCAGCCUCUGAACUCGGGCUGCCUGGAGAAGCCGACCCUGCCAUCUAGCCCUGGCUUCCCUGGGUGACACUUCUGCCCCUGACCUGUAGGCCCCUGGAUCUGGGCUGAGGAAUGGUGUGCUGAGGUCCCUCUGGAGCCGAUCGUCUCAGCCUGAAGCCCCAAGCCAACAUGGCCAACCCUGUGCAGCCUCAGUUUCCCUUGGCUCAGGAGCCCGGCACUGCCUUACCCCUGGACCUGCCAGAGAUGGAGAAACUCCUCACGAUGGUGGAAGGCAAGGAUGACAAGCCACUGAAGCUGUCCAAGUCCCUCUCCGGGGCCCUGGACCUGGAACAGAAUGGUCAUGGCCUGCCCUUCAAGGUGGCUUUUGAGGGGCGACAGGAAGCCACACUGCCAUGGUCUCCCUCUCGGGCCAGCUCUAGGAGGGCAUCCUCCGUUGCCACUGCCUCCUCUGCCCAGGACCGAGAAGUCCCCAAAGAUUACCUCAUCCUUGCCAUCGCCUCCUGCUUCUGUCCUGUCUGGCCGCUCAACCUCAUCCCCCUCAUAUUUUCUAUCAUGUCCCGAAGUAGCGUGCAACAGGGGGACCUGGAUGGGGCUCGGAGGCUGGGUCGCCUGGCCCGGCUGCUCAGCAUCACCUUCAUCAUCAUGGGAAUCAUUAUCAUCAUCGUGGCCAUGACCGUCAACUUCACAGUUCCAAAGAAAUAAAACCAACCGGGGCACUGCGCUGGUGGAGGCAGCCCUGGCCGGCUGGAGGCCUCCAAACUCACACACCCCACCUCCCGUGGGAGCACAGGACAGUGACGCCCCUGAGCCCCCAAAGCACGAACUUGAAGGGAAGCCCCCAGGUCUCCCCACUGUCAGCCCACAUUAGAUGCAAAAAGCAAGAAGAACGAAUAAUGUUGUUUCAUCUGAUGGACACGGUCCGGUGUUUGGCCUCGGUGUACUGGCUUGUUUCUUAUCCCUACGAUCUCCUGACCCACCAAGCAGCACAUAUUGCCUGUCGGAAGGGGAACCAGCCCCGCGGAGGAGAUGCAGAGGAGAUGGACCGGACCGUGCAGAGGAGAAACAGCACAUUCCCUGUGUGUCUGAUGAGCAGGAGCCAGGACGUGGGACUUUCUCUUUUGUAUUUUUGUGGGCGGGGUGGGGGGGUGCCCAGGUGUAAAAAAGAUUAUUUGCAUGCCUCGUGCCACAUGCUUGCUUCGAUCCCAGCUCAGAGGCUCAGCUGCCGCCCAGCACACACCCUGGGACCUCCUUGGGCACCCAAGAUGUGCAGGUGCCUGGAGAGAGGUGACGGGCCCCAUGCAUCACAGGGUGGAGGCACCAGAAGGAAUGCUGGUGAAGACAGGAAUAGGAACUGCACCUCUUCUUUAGCUUUUCAAUUUCAGGAUCAUCUCUGCUGAGAGCUCCGGUCUCAACACGUCUCCCCGGAUGACCCAGCCUGCCUCUUGCUCCCUCCCUACCUGUGCCGUUGCCUGGGGCCUGACCCCAGACCUGCUCAGCCCAUGAGGAGCCCAGACCUGAGCUUGCCUCCUGCGGCGGUCUCCCUGAUGGUCUAGGGUACAAACUUGGGACCCCAUGCAGAGUAGUUCCCAGCCCAGAAGCCCUUGAUACUCUGUGCUUUACCCUGUGUCCCUGGCCAUCCACAGACUACAAAGGCUUUCCCUAGAGGGGGUUUUGGGAACACCUUUGGUGGGGGACUUCCCAUGGGCUCCCAGGCUAUUAGCAGGGAGUGGGCUGGAGGGUUUGAUGAAGGUUUAGUGUUGAUUUGGUCUAGAGAGUUCUAAGAUGGAGGGAAGGGCCUGGCUGUAGGGGCCAGUCUUUGGGAGAGUGGGAGGCCCUGGGCUUGGGAAUACACUCAUGUGCCGGGAGGCAGGGAGUGACACUAUGGCUUCUGUGUCAGGACCUAAUUUGACAACUGAAAGGACUGAGCAGGGUCCUUUGACCUCCUGCCUGGUUUCUUGCCCUGGGAUUCUCCCCAGACUUCUACUGGCACAGGCUCUGCCCACAGGGGCUUCUCCUAGGCCCACCUACCUUGCUGGCUUCAGCUCCCAGGCCCUGCCCAGUAGCCAGUGGGCGUUAUGGCCCCUGUUGGGAGGGCCUGUUCCCAGCCACAGCCAGACUAGCCCCAGGCUGGCAGAAAUGGUUUCCCCGGCACCCAUUCAGAGCCCUCGUGCCUUCUCUCAGGUCCCCUGCCUGUCUCCCCGACACUCCUCAAAGCUCCUGGGAGGCAGCCUGUUAGCACAGAGGCUCUGUCUACCAGGAGGAGUCCCAAGUGCAGCUCUGAACCUUCUAGAAGGGCCUUGGUGGCAGGGGAGGGAUGCAGGGCCCAGGGGCACUGGGCAGAUCCCUCUGGGGCCCAGCAUUCCUGUUCCAGCGUCAGUUCCUCAGUUCCUCACCCAGGGAGCAAACUCCAGAAGGAGGGGCUGGCUUUGCUUUACAGGACCUCUGAGGCCCAAAUAGAGAUGUCUCUGUUGGGGGAGGGAGAGAGGGAGCCCAGAGUAUUUGUGUCACUUGCCAAGUCAGGUUGGGCCAGGAGCUGUCAUGAGGUCUAUGGAACUGGUCGCUCAUGAGUUGGUGGUCUCCUGGCAAGCCCUGGGGACCACAGCUUCAGCACCCCAGGGGGGGAAGAGAGAGGGUGACUAGCUGGUUUAGGCAUGGUCCUGUCCGGAAAAUGAUGGCCAAGGCGGGGUUGGUGCUGUGACUGGCAUACACACCCAGACCUGCCCUGGAUCUGCACAGGCACACACCUGUCCACACUCAAAGCCCAGAAGAGAGAAGCCACUGGCAGACAGCCACAGGACAGCGGGGGCGUCCUUCCGUUCAGGAGAGGACAACUUGGGAAACUUGUAGUUGUACCAAGGACGGAGCUCAGAGGCUCUGAGCAUUGUGGAGGCAGAGGCCCCUGGAGUCUGAUCCCUCUGGCCAGAGGACCAGGAACACUGCAGAGAGACUGGGGGGGGGGGGGGAGAGUCCCCUGACGCCUCCACCCACAGGCAGCCUGGCACCCCGAGGCCUCACCCCUUGCUGUCCCACCUCCACUGGAGGUCCGGCCGCUGGCCACAUGAACCCGGCGGUCCUCCAGCUUGGGGCGCUGACGCAGCCUCUCCCUGUGUCCCAGGGGGAGAACUACCCCCACCGCCACCCGGCAGGUGGCCCCUCUGUAUCGCUUGGCUUGGGAAGAAAUAAAGCUGAAAGUAAACAUGCA